AUGUCGCCAGAGACUGGGUCAAUGACUCGGAGAGGCACAGAGCUCAUGUGCGACCUCCCGAUGGAUGUGAAUGCAUACCUGUAUGAUAUUACCGAUCUCUAUAAUUGGGCUCCCCCUAGAAUCAUGACGGAGUUACGUGUGGUCAAGGUAUCGCUGAUGAAGAAUGUCAGGAGAAAGUCGAAGCAUGAAUCCCUCCUGGUCGAACUUAGGGACCCCGACGGAGGAACACAUUAUUUGUACUUUGAAAGACGAGGGCGCAAUUAUAAUGACAAGUCCAGGCCGUCGGAUCCAGCGCAACCAGAGCGUCACGCUGAGCAAUUGUCUGCAAGCACGACGGGCUCCCCUCGAAAUCCGAGUUCCGGCAAGAGUAACCAACGGGAUACCGUGAUGAGGGCUCCCAAAGACAGACGCCCGGGAGAGAAGUGCAUGUGCCAGCUAGAAUUCAAGAGUGAAGGCAGCGGGGACCUCCCACGCGCCCCUAACGAGGGACUGUUUGUGUACAAUAUUGCAGUGCUUGCAGACACCCUGAGCAAGCAGGGGCCGCAUUAUGACGUCUUCAAUAGCAAUGGCAACUGUUACAGUUUUGGCGGUCUACUCUACGACAUGCUCAAAAAACUGUACCACCCAAGCGAAACCAUCGUGAGGAAGCGCAGAUUUUCUCUGUACAGUCACGAUCCGGAAGAUAAAAUUGCAUCCCUAGUUCGUCAUUAUGAAACGGCUCUUGAGGAAUAUCAAGCUAAGAUUGCACGGCGCCACAUGGAAAGAAACAAGGAGGUCGAGGAAAGGGUGCGAUUGGCCAACGAGAGAACGCGAGAGGCACAGGAGAGAACGCGAGAGGCACAGGAGAGAACGCGAGAGGCACAGGAGAGAACGCGAGAGGCACAGGAGGGAGCGCGAGAGGCACGGGAGAGAGCGCGAGAGGCACAGGAGAGAGCGCGAAAGGAAAAGGAGAGAUCGCGAGAGAUUGAGGAGAUGAUUCAGAAGGAAAAGGAGAGAACACGAGAGAUUGAGGAGAUCAUUCAGAAGGAAAAGGAGAGAUCGCGAGAGUUUGAUGAGAUGAUUCAAAAGGAAAAGGAGAGAACGCGAGUGGACAACGAGGGAGCGCGAGAUAUCGUGGAGAUGAUUCAAAUGGAGCGAAAGCGACUCGAGCAGCUAGAAGAGGAGCUGAAGAACAUGUUACAACUUGAAGGAUAUCCCGCAACCUUAGUUGCUAGCUCUCCUCCAGUACUCUACUCGCGUCCGAUUUUUGCCGCAGAUAAUGUGCACCUGGAAAUCCACAUGAAGGCAUCAGCAAAGCACGCAACACGCAGCACAUACGGUGGAGCGCUAGAGGCAUCAGCGACUCACGAUUCUCGGCUCGACGAGAAAUAA